ACAUUUACUCGUAUUUGUCUUUGGGUUUAACUUAUGUUGCUACACGUAUCUAUGACUCUUCUGUUUUGUGUGUAAAAUGGCUAAGGAAGCGAAGAAGAAAGAAAAAGAGGUGAAAGUGAAGACUGUGAAGGGACUGCCUGUAGUUCCCGAGUCAAUUUUGAAACGCAGGAAGAGGAGAGAUGCGACUAAAUUAGACCAGAUAAAGCGUGCAAUCAAGCGGCGCGUGUCGCUGCAGAAGAAGAGGAAGACCAUCUUCAAGCGCGCGGAGCAGUACGUGCGGGAGUACCGCACGCUCGAGGCGGACGAGCUGCGGCUGGCGCGGGAAGCCAGGAAGAAGGGCAACUACUACAUUCCCGGCGAGCCCAAGCUAGCGUUCGUCAUACGUAUAAGAGGUGUCAACCAAGUAUCUCCCAAGGUACGCAAAACUCUGAAGCUCUUCCGGUUACUGCAAAUCAACAACGGAGUCUUCAUCAAGCUGAACAAGGCAACCAUCAACAUGUUGCGAAUUUGCGAACCCUACAUUACGUGGGGCAUCCCCAACUUGAAGAGUGUGCGGGAGCUCAUCUACAAGAGAGGUUUUGCAAAAAUAAAAGGUCAAAGAAUUCCAAUAACCUCAAACGAACUAAUUGAGAUGAAGCUUGGCAGAAACAAUAUCAUCUGUGUGGAGGACUUGAUCCAUGAAAUAUUUACAGUGGGUCCAAACUUCAAGUGGGCUUCAAACUUCCUGUGGCCAUUCAAGUUGAACACACCUACGGGAGGCUGGCGCAAGAAGACCAACCAUUAUGUUGAAGGGGGAGACUUUGGUAACCGUGAAGACAAAAUUAAUGCACUUCUGAGGAGGAUGGUUUAAGUUUUGUACAGAGUUAUGUACCACAUUGUGGUUGCGGUUUUGUAUCCAUAAAUGUCUGGUACUACAGUUUACCACA